AUGGCUACCGUGGUGGUACAACAACCCGUGCGACAUUCCUCCUCUUCACCCUCCAUCGCUUCAGCACUUAGCCUCAGCGCCAAUGCACCCCACACCCCGCACACUCACAUCCAAUCUCCAAUCCCAGACAAACAUAUCCCUGUGUGCCCUCCCGGCCCGUCCCCAUCAGCUUCAAAGAUCCUGGCAACACCCCCUACUUCCCCCACACUCAGACACGUCGGCCCUCUCCAAAGCAACUGUAUCCUGUACCCACCGGCCAGCUUCCCAAAACUCCUCGAUGAUCCGCCAGUCUACUCCAUAGAUGCGGAUGCACUAGCCCUGGCAUUGGAUGAGCUCGCUGCCAGACCACUGCCAGACCCGAAACAAGUCUUCCCAUGGCUGCACGGCCUACAUCCGGAUAAUCACGUCCAACUUAGCUUUUUUGUUUCACGGCGGAGAUCUCAGCGACGGAUACCGCGAUGCUUGCGUUCCAUAGCUAUCGUCAAGGUUGGUGGAGAUCCGUCCAAGUCUAGGAUUAAAGGAGCCAUUUCACCGCAGGAGAUUCUGGCGCCGUCUGGAACGACGUUUCUUGAUGCGGACCCCCCUGAAGGCUUCUCUGUGCGGAAUUUCCAUAUUCAAACGGCGAAAUUAGCGCCGCUGUCCGAUAUCAUCGUUUAUGGCGAUGGUGAGGCGGAUGGGAAGGAGGUACUUGAAGUGGCGGGUAAUAUUGCCAAAGCUCAGAGGGAGUGGAGGAGGAAGUUUGAUCCUGGUCAAGAGAAUACUAUGUUUAAUACCUUUCUGCUGAAGAGCUCAUUUCGCGAAGUAGAGGAAAGAUACCCUCGCUUGAUUGCUGUAAAUUCCGAAGGGCAACUUACUGGUCGAGUAAUGGACUUCUUCCACUGGGAACGGUUAGAAAUGGGCAGCAUGGCCGCAGCCUCAGAAAUUGCCACAAAUGUCUGGCAAGGUCCCACUCCAGAUACCAGCGACCGCCCCCUUGAGGAGCUAGAAUUCGACAUUCUCAUCGAAACCCACGACGUCGCCAGCAUCCCCAAUCUCCGUUACCUAUCACAAAUAUCAGCACAGCUGGAAAACAGCGGGAGCCCACAGCGACUAGAAUUCCCAUCAUCAGGCAGUGUCCUCGCGUCCUGGAACCAGGUAGAAGUUUACGAUCUCAUCGACACGUGCAGAUGGAUAUAUCGCAUGGCAAACCCCGAGCGGUCAACUGAAGAACAAGAGCAACCUGUCGAUGCAGACGGGGAUAUCCCCAUGGUAUCGCUCACGCCUAAGGCACGUAAGGUGCUAAUACAUUGCGGAGACGGGUAUACCGAAAUCUCGCUGCUAUGCAUAGCUUAUUUCAUGUUUGCUGAGGGUGUGCCUGUGCACGAGGCGUGGUUGAGAUUGCACUGCGAGAAGAAGAGGAAUUUCUUCGCGUAUCCGUCUGACGUCGCUUUCUUGACGAGCAUCCAACAACGGUUAUUACUCGAGAGCCCUGCUGCUUCAGCGGCUGCCGCUAAUUCAAGUAGUUCUGGAAGCCGCCGUAGCAGCCGCACCAGCAGCAUUAUUCCAAAAACGAUUGAGCCAGGCUGGGUGUCACGGAUGGACGGGUCACUCCCCAGCCGUAUCCUGCCAUACAUGUAUUUGGGCAACUUGGCACACGCAAAUAACCCAGAACUACUACGGGCACUUGGCAUCAAGAGGAUACUUAGCAUUGGGGAGCCGGUUACCUGGCCGCAGUCAGAGAUUGAGAAGUGGAGCGAUGGGCUUAAAGAAGGGAAUGGGUUGAUGAUGGUUAAAGACGUGCAGGAUAAUGGGAUUGAUGAGUUAACGGGUGAGUUUGAGAGGUGUUUGGGUUAUAUUGAGCAGGGCAAAAAGGAUGGAUCUGCGACCUUGGUGCAUUGUCGCGUUGGCGUUUCGAGAUCGGCUACUAUUUGCAUCGCGGAGGUUAUGGCGUCGAAGGGGUUGUCGUUUCCAAGGGCAUACUGCUUCGUGCGCGCCAGGCGUCUCAACGUCAUUAUCCAACCACACCUGCGAUUUGUCUACGAGCUCCUAAAAUGGGAUGAAAUCCUACAACAAAGACGCGACGAGCCCAUCCGGCAUGAGCUGGAAUGGCACACCAUCGCGCGGGAGAUAGCCUUAAUGAACAAACCGUACUCGAAACAGCAGUGA